AUGUCUGCCAUUCUUCAAACACUUGCCUAUCUUCGUAUGGGAGUUGGAGCUUCAACCUAUAUCCUUCCUAAUCAAACUCUCGAACACCUUACCAAGGCUGCACCAUCUUCUGUAGAGGGUGUUCUUGUUGGAAGAAUGUUUGGUGCCAGAGACUUUAUUUUGGGAGUUUCAUUGUUGUACGCAAAGAAUCCUGAAGCUUUAAAGAUGGCUUUGCAAAUGGGAUUGUUCUGUGAUUUGGUAGAUGUUGGAGCUGGACUUAUUGCAUGGAAGAAUGGUAUGGAUAGAAAGGGUUGGAUGUGGGUUUCUGGUGGUUCUGCUUUCUUUGCAAUUCUUGGAAUUUACUUGUUGCACAGAUAA